AGCCGCGUCAUGACUCAGCCGUAAGCGGUGACGUGGACAACUUCCACACGGAUGUAUCCCCUUCUAUCUCAAAACCGAAGGCAAAACCUCGGCCGAGCUCGAGUAAACGAGAAAACCACCACUUUUAACAGCACCAAGAAUUCUCUCAAACGUCCAGAUUCCCCGUUCUGUGUCCAAAACCCUAACCCUAACUAGCUCUCCAAUGGCGUCCUUUAACCGCUACCCUUCCCAAAACUACGCCCCUUCAGCUCCACCGCUCUCCGACUUCUCCGCUCCGCCCGGCUCCGCUCACCGCCCUUACGCUCCUCCGCCGCCUCCUCAGCCUCAAUCUUACGGCUCUCUUUCCGGGGGACAGUUUGGGUAUUUUCCACCGGGGACUCAUCCUGAGAUCGUGAGCAGCUUUCAGGCUGUGGAUCGAGAUCGGAGCGGGUCGAUCGAUGAGUGGGAGCUUCAGGCGGCGUUGACUUCUGCGUACCAGAAGUUUAGUAGGAAGACUAUUCGAUUGCUUAUGUUUCUGUUUGGGGAUCCUAGGAAUCCUUCCAAGAUUGGGCCUACUGAAUUUGCUGCUCUCUGGAAAUGUCUUGGGGAAUGGCGGGGCGUCUUUGAAAGGUUUGAUAGGGAUCGGAGUGGUGAAAUUGACUCCGCAGAAUUGAAAGAUGCCCUACUGAGUCUUGGAUAUGCAGUUCCACCUUCUGUAAUCCAAGUACUUAUGUCCAAAUAUAACGAUGAAAGAGGCGGAAGGGGUUCUCUUAACUUUGACAGCUUUGUGGAGUGUGGCACAAUUGUGAAGGGUUUGACGGAGAAGUUCAAGGAGAAAGAUAAACGUUACACUGGUUCGGCUACUCUUACCUAUGAUGAUUUCAUGUUGAUGGUCAUUCCGUUCGUCGUUUCGUAGACCUGGUCUUGGUUUUUUUUGGAUUCUUAUAUUGCUGUACAAAUUCUAUACUUACUCCUGUACAAUGCUGUAAACGUUUUUAUUGUAAACUAUGACGGGUAACCUUUACAUAGCAUAGUUUAGGAGGAUUGUUUCUUUGUACAAUAGAUAAUUUUAACUUCUUUCAUGUCCAAAUCUCUAUUGUUUUGCGCUUGGCAUGCAAACAAAUUUUGUUUAGAAGAAUUUA